AUGGUAGGGACAGUUUGGUUGGUCGCUCUUUUCAGCCUAUUUUCAGCAGCUUACUCUGCAAAAUAUGAAUGCCAAGGUGUUGCUCAGUACGGGCUAACGUUUUAUGGCAUGUGGAGCAACAUGACGCAUCCAAAUGCUUUUCCUUUUACCCCCAAGAUCGGCCGUUUUUCGCCUCUGGUCGGAGCUUCGCUCAGAUCUGACCCUUUGUGGAUGUCGGGAAUGCCUGCUUCUCAAGGAGUCAAAAAUGUUGCUGAAACUGGUAAGUAACAUUCUGCUUAAUUUUGAGACGAACGAAAUUGAAUUCAAAAAGAAGAAACUUUAAGAGGUCGGUGAACUGAAUUCAAAAUUUUCACUGAACAGUAGUGCGGGCUCUUAUAGAAGGCCUCGCUUGUUUCAUGACGAGUCACAAAACCAUGGGUGCUUGCGUCAACUCCUCACUGUCUUUUACUAGGGAGUUUUAGACGUCACGGUGGCUGCGGCAACGAAAACUUCAAAAAAGCAAUAGUUUAGAUGGGCAAAACAACAACUUUGCACGUGCGUCACACUUUUGAUACAUCUCAUUGCCGUCACUGCGGGCCAACCACGUGAGAGUUUCUAUAUUUAACGUAUUAUCGAACUAAACAAACCCGGCGACAAAUUUAUCUUUCUCUUGGUUUUGAAAUUGGAUAUUUUCUCAGGAAUUCAUCUCCAGUAGAGUCCAUCUACAGUUUUUGACAAAAUGAGGAAGUUGGGAUAAUCGCACUAAAGCGGUAAACAUCCGGUUGACGUGUGUCGCUCUAAAACGUCUUUACUCUGUACAUGUGCUUUCACUGAUUAUUGUAAAAGUAAAUAGGUUACUACGGUAACAAUGAAUACGCUACAGUAUCUUAAACUCCGUAUUGCUUUAGUGCUUACAGUGAAACUGUGGCUCAACUAGGAACUGAACCUGGGCCUACAGACUACUAGUCUGAUGCCUAGAAAACUCGGCCACUUAACCAAACUAUUUCUCCGAUGGCGGUAUUUUUAGCAAUACAAAUCACCUUUCGAGGGUGAUACCGACACUUUCUGUGAUCCGGCUUCAGUGUCUGUAUUAACGGGCUUUGGUUGGAGUAUUGUUUUUAUAAUUUGGGAACAGGAAAAAAACACAACUAAGGAAAUGAGUGGGAAAGUGGUUCAGCCUGCUCUUGUACCAAGUACACUUACGGAAAUUUCCUGAAUCUGUAGACCGUUUUCAAAACGGCUCUACCGGGAUAGCAUUAGCUACUUUGGACAACCUGCAACACAAGCUGAUUAAGGCGUUUUCAAAAGGGAUGGAUCUUAAAUAGCCUGAAAAACCAACCGCCGUUUCAUCGGCUUAAGCCAUCAAUAUGGCUGGCGUGAUGAAACACUUAAUUUUGAAGUGAUAUCGAAGAAGUCAAAGCCUGUUUACGCUCGCAUUGCGCAUUCUCUCGAUGCCGAGAAUAUGGAAUGCCAUUGAUGGAAUGCCAUAUUUUGGGAGAUGUAAACUGUAAUGUGGGAGCGUCCACUUAGGAUCGCAAAACAACGUGCAUCACUGAGCUCUAAAUCAACUAAUUAGUGAACCAACUCGAUCUAAUAUUCACUAAUGAAUAUUAGAUAAAAUAACUUUAAAGCAUGUUUCAGUUUUCUAUGAGUUUACCGGCACAAUAAACAGUAGGUUUUCAACCAAUCAAAAGGCGCGUACUCAAUAAACGGUCUUGCUCCAGAUUACUUGAGCAACCUUUUUACUCAGACCGUGAUAGUGUCACCUCAUAUUCGCUAAGAGACACUGACAGCAAACUGGCUCCGAUUCCUCAGCCCCACACAAACUACCUAAAAAAGAGCUAUUAAUAGCUAUAGGGGUGCAGUGCUGUGGAAUAGCCUCCCAAUCGAGUUGCGGCGGGCAGAUACUCUGCAAAGUUUUAAAGCGGGUUACACUUGCCAAUUUUUAUCUCAUAGUUAAGUUUUGUUUUAGCUACGCAUUUAACUGAACUUCGUGCCUACCAAUUCUCAUUUUUUAGUUCCAUUUUUCAUUAGGCAACUCAGCCGUGCUGGAGCAAGAAAUAAUGCAACGCAUCAUGUCUGCCAAGACAGCCUGGAAACAGAUCAAGUCCGGUAAUAUGACAAUUAGCGGCACAGAAAGCGUGAUGAACAUCGAAGUCGAGGUCACAAAGGACUUUCCUUAUGUGUCUCUUGUUACCAUGCUCGCUCCAUCUCCUGAUUGGUUCACCGGGAUCAUGAAAGUAUCUCUUUGCAACGCCUCGAGUGGAAUGUGGAUGGACAGCUGGACAAUUGAUGAUAUACAACCCUGGGAUGCCGGUACUGAUGAUGGGGCAACAUUCGAUGCUGCAAAUACCGCUACCACGCCACCCGGCUAUAUUACCCAGAUUACUAGAAAUGCACCGCCAACCAAUUUUAUGUAUCUUGCCGCGUCAGCAAUACCAACACUGGGAAAGAUGAUGUUCGUGAGACAAAACAAACCAACCAUGAAUCAAUGCAGUGGCAUGUACUACUACACAGUCAAGUUUGAAGCGAAGUGGUCACAGGCUACCCACCCCAAUGGAUUCCCAAGCGGAGCCCACUUUUCUCCUCUUGUCAUUGCUACACACUCAUACAAAUACAAAAUGUGGAGUGAUAUGACCAGAGCCUCACCGGGUGUCAAAGAAGUUGCAGAAAUAGGUGGGUCAAUUUUUCCCAUUACUUACAAGGGAGAAUAAUAAGUUAAAGAAGGAAAACGCCUAUUCUAACACCUCUGUUAUAGAUAUGUGAAUUUCACCAAAGUUAUUUUUAGUCCAAUUAAAUCCUUGAAAUUUACCGGAAGUUGGUUUUCGGAGAGGUCAGCAAACGUUUAUUCAGCGUUGUCAAUCGCCAUUACAAUAUUCUAAAUUAUUUUCUCUGAGCCAGUCGCUCGUAUCCUGGUUCCACAGGUCUGUUCUCGCGAGAAAUACCUAAGAUGAAGAAUAGAUCGUAAUCAAGUCGCGCGUGGACUUGAUUACGUUUCAAACAAUCGAUUAAAAUGUGCGUAUGUCUCAGGAAUUAGACUUCCGUUUAUUUGUAGCCUCUAAAAAUAAGAAAAAUGCGCAAUUCACAUAUCCUGGCCAACGCACUAAUAUUCACUCUCCGUUGUUUCAUUAUUAUUUCGUAUUACGAGUUCAACUUUUCUCGGGAUUACACUGAUCAGGGUAUGCGGAGGAGAAAAAAUAUACCGUGUAAAUUAGACAAAUGUAAGCCCCUAGGAGUAAUAAAGUUAAUUUUACGUGGUUGCACUGAUUAAGGAUUGCAAACCUCCAAUUCACCCUUGUACUUUUUUUUUGUCUCACUUACAAAUAAUAAAUUUGCUUUUAUUUUCCAUUAACAGGAGCGGAAGGAACAUUGUAUAGCGAAGUUAUGAUGAUGAAAAAGCCCGGUUUUGUCUCCAAUGUCUAUAAAACCGGGGCGGUAAGCACUCCAGGUGGCUACACGAGCACAAAAAUCAUGGUGCAAAACAUGUACUCCAUGGUCUCUCUAAUCACCAUGAUCGCACCUUCACCUGAUUGGUUCGUUGGAGUUGACAGCUAUGAUCUCUGUGGAAUGAAUGGAUGGAAAGAAACCGUGACGAUGGACCUGCUCCCGUGGGAUGCUGGGACGGAGAAUGGACUAACCUACAGUUUAGAUAACGCGGCGACUAUGCCUGUUGACGUCAUCAUGCGUAUCACCCCAAAUAGUAAUUCUGAGAUAGGCGCACAUGCCAAUAUAACCUUUGCUACGGUCACUUUCACGCGCGGAGAAAUGAUAACAGCAACGACAACGGCACGAACAACGACAACGGUACGAGCAACGACGACGGUACGAGCAACGACGACGGAGAGAACAACUACAACUGAUAGCAGUGCCCGAGGCUUGUCGGCCGACCUUUUUGCCAUCCUGUCUGUCUCGUUGCUUGCAAUCUUUGGCGUGCUGUACUAG